UGGAAGGCUGCCAUGGCGCCGAUGAUGGCGGUGGUGGCGGUGGCGGCGGCGGGCCGCGCGACGCACGCUGCUCGGCGGCGGCGCGACGGUCGACGCGGGCCGCACAAGCGGACGGCUGCCCGCGACGUUUCACCUCGGCCAGCGCGCGAGCGGCAGUCCAACAGCUGGGCAUGUUCUGAGGUGACACAGCCACCGCGCCGCCGCGCGCUGCUACGCGCCAUCGUCUUCGAACGCGACGGAGCGCGGCAGCUGCGAGCCUGGGUAGCGCACAUGGCACGCGCGCUUCGAUACGAUGAGCUCGUGCUCAUCGACCACAAUGGCGCCGACGAGGAGACGAUUCAGGUGCUCCGCGACGCUACCGUCAAGGGUGCGCAUCGCUGGCGCUGCGACGGACCGUUUUUGUUCAAGGCGCCCCCGCGCGCGGAAAGCAUAAAUCCACGAGGUGUCUUCAAUCGCGCGGUGGGCGUCGUCAGAUUCCAGCUGUUCGUUCCGCGCAGGCGGCCAUGUGGUCGCACGUUGCGCGCGCGUACAACGCCACUUCCGACUACAUCUUCCCGCUCGACGUUGACGAGCUGCUCAUGACGGUCUCGCACGGCGGCGUGCGCCGACAAUUCUCGGACAGGACGGAGUUGAGCGCGGGCACGCGUGUCGAAUGGUCGCGAACUACGCUGGUCGAGGCUCUCUCACGUCUCGAUCGCUCGGGCCGUCCGUUUAAGAGUUACCUCGCGUCGGCGAUCCCCGUCGAUUGCCCGGGCGCUGGCAUCGCGGCGGAUGCGCGAUGCCCGCUACGCUAUGCGUCGAACUUUGUGCAGAACUGCUACAGCAAAGUCUUCGCGCGCGGUGCAGAAUGGCGAUUCACUGAUACCGGCAAUCAUUACGGCGGCACAGUCGCCACGGGACCGCUCACGCACAGCGACUGCGGCGAGGGCCGGGGCGGCUUUGGGGAUGACCGGAUCUGGAAAACGUACGCUUCGUCUGACCUUGCGGUGCUCCACGUACAAUUUGUCUCGAUCCGUGGCUGGCUCGAGCACUACAUUCGAGGGGCGACGACAUACAACUACACGCGACGCGACGUCAACUGCGACACCGUCGGGCGCGGCCGCCACUACUGCAAAGUCAUUCGCGAAAUCCGCGCCACGGGGCUCGACUGGAAUCGCCUGGUGCUGGCGUACCAUCGCUUUGGCUGCCCACGCCCCAUCAGGCACCAUGCACGCCUCCGCGUGCCGCUCGAUGUAGUCCAGCAGAAGGCGUGCGUUGGCGCCUAGAAAUAAUCUAGCCGGAAAUUUGGGUCUUUGGUGCCGGCCAGCGUCGUAUCACGACCUAAGUUAGAGACUCUGGCUGCGUGUGUGCGUCAUUUUGGUGGUGCGUCAGUUGUCGCGGAUGCUGUUCUCGCAGUCAUCGUGACGACGCCAGGCCCAACUGCGUCGCCGUUGCGUGGCUCGGACCGCAAAUCGGAUCGAGCUCAACGUCCAGCAGCCCCGCGGCUCGAGACAAUUAGACGUCUAGACGCAUAGGGGGUGAAGUUAUCUGGGUAGGAGGUAACUUCAGAGUAGGGGUUUCUUUAGCCAAGUUGAACGGGCGCCGCCGUGUCUAA